AAAGACUAUCUUGUAGUUACAUGCUCCUUGACAUAACCUUCCUUUACCGGCACAUAAUUUUCGAAAAAUGUAUUAUGAAAGAAUAUUUAGAUACUGUAACUUUUAAUUCAUUUAUUUGAUCCUUUCUAAGGCAAAAAUUAUUCUCUUAUGACGUGAAUUGUAUUCGUGAUGAUAUAGUGUUUGUAGGUUUAGCGAAAUAGUGUCAUGUGAAAACUACCGAUCGUUUUAAAUAAAUAAAGUUAAUUUCAACAGUGAUAUCAAAAUCAUUGAGAAGACAAAGCGUAGUUGACAUCUACAUUUGUCAAACAGAAUAUUAUAAACAUCCCCAAAAUGUCAGAAUUUCGAAAUUUAGCAAAUGCCAUCAAACGAUUGAAAAAAAGUGUUUCGGAUUUUCCUAUCGGAGCUGUCUCCUUAGAUGAUUACACACCCGUAGAGGAGAGAAUCAGAAAUAUGCGAGAAUUGCUCAAAUUCUUAAAUGCCAGAUUAAUUACACUCAAAGCUCAUUAUGAAUUACAAACAAGGGAUGAACCAGAAGAAGGUACAGAAAGUAUAAUAACAUGUUUACAUGAAGAAACAGCAAAUACACUAAUAACCGCUAAAGUGAUUAAAUUUAUACUUCACACGGAAGCUAUUCAAGCCAUUCUAACAGGCAAGGAAGGUGAUAGUGAUAUGCAAAAUAAAAUUUAUGACUUCCUGUGUCAACUAUUUAGUCUUAAUGACAAAAUUAUGUUUUCACAAACAACCAUGCAAGAUGCAUUACAAAAGCAAUUGAACUUGAAAAUUGAAUGUCAGAAUACGAUACUUGAAUACAAGAAGUUCUUAAAGACCCAAGAGGAAAUGCUCAGCAAACAAUUACAAGAGACAAAUCCUGAAAUAGCUCGGCAAAAGGAAAAGACAAAGAUACUAUUGCAAAAAAUUAACUUAAUGAAAAAACUUAUAGUAAAUUUAAUUGCUGUUUCCAAUGACAAACUAAGAAAUCCGUUUUUGUUUAAAAAAUUACAAGAACAUAGGGAAUUAAUUAGCAUUGAUACAGUUUUAAAAAUGUCCCAUGAUAUAACAGAAGAUAUAAAUGCAAACACAAGUAGAGAUGAAAACAUAACAAAUGAAAUUUAGCUACUAUAAUUUUUUAUUAACUGAUUACUUUUGUACUUUUAUAUUUAUUAUUUAAAUGCAAUAGUUUCUAGAAAGAAUUCAAAUAAUAUAUAGUAUUAAACUGUUAAUUUCAAUUCAAUUGGUAUUUUUAUACAAUUUUAUAUUAAAUGAAUUUUCUGCAACAAAGGUCUGCAUAGAUCUGGCAAAUAAAAGGAGAAAUCUUGUAUAAGAACUAUAUAGUGAAAAUCUGUAACUUUCUUCUCUGUAUUUGUUUCUUUCUUUUUUUUUCAAAUAUUGUGUUUCUACAAAAAAUUUUCAUUUUACUUGUGUAUUUGCAAAGACUGAGAUAAUUGUAAAAUAUAUUUAAAAAGCAGUUUUAGAACAAAUGAUAUAGUACUUUUUUUUAUGGAUAUUGUGCAGCGAAUAAUAUAUCGGACAACAAAAUAAAAGACUUGAAAAUCAAAGUUUUUUUGUAUUUCUUCUAUUUACUGCAUGUUAAUAUAACCUGAAAUUUUGGGAACAAUUUGUCUGAAACAUACGUAGAAAAAGAAGACAAAACAAGCUUGAAAGGUAAAGGUUAUAACCAAAAUUGCAUAAAUCAAAAUGAAAACAUACAAGACAUUCAAGUAUUACUCUUCUCUUGUUUUUCUAAGUGCACAGGCACAACACAUAUUUACAGAAACAGAUUUCCCCGCACUUUCAAUGUCUUUUUCAGUUCUAUUUAAAGCAGUUUUAUGAGACGGUUUUCUUUUUAUGUACAUGUAUCUAUAGAAACGUCAUACUUACGACGAUUUUAUAUAUACGUAUACAUAAAAUCGUUAAAUAACAGUUUGUAAGCCAGUGAUUACAAGUUAAAAGAUAGGAUUUCAAUCACAGCUUACAAGUACGAUAGAAAUGUAGUAUAUGCAGGGGAGAGAGGUGUACAUUUGUUGACAAAACUAAUGAAAACCUUUGUUUCGUUUCAUAAGUCGUAUUACGUUGUUUACAUUACGCGGAUUCAACGCAUUUUAAUUUGUUUAUGGUCCGGUGUGAUUUUUCAGUCUCGUGUUUUUUCAUCGUCAGCAUUGCAAACCGCUCUCCGCCUUUCGUAGUCCUUACGCUCAUUUAUUUUUCUUUAAACACAGAAUCGAUCAUCGGAAUAGUACUCAAACAAAUUUUAAUUUCUAUUUACAUUAAUUUCUUCGUCUUUAAUUGUUCAUUAGAUUAUGGGUUUCACAAGUGGAAAGAAAACGACGAGUCCACUAAUUAUAACAAAAAAGCACGUUAAAAGUGAACAAUUUCGUUCUCGUUAAUAAUAGCAUAUCCUCGCAAAAACUUCGGACAUCUGUCUGUUUUGUGUUUGUAGACAUGUACGAAAUGGACA